AUGCCAGAAUUGGCGAUUCCACCGUUGGAACCACAGUUGGCAGAAAUAUUUGAAGAUGUGGUAUUUUCAAAACAAUAUAAAGAAUUACCUCAAGUUAAAUGGUCGUCCGAUAUACUACCGAAAUUAAUAAAUAGGCUUGAAGAAAUAGCUAGCUUAGCAAACAAACAUGGCGAAAAGUACAGUAAAAGACCUCGUGGAGUUGAUCUCCCACAAUCUAUAAAUAGGAGGAAAGACGCUAUUGUUAGGCAUUUAAAUGAUGUAUUUCUGAACAAGCCGCCGUUUACAAUUCAGAGAAUAGCAGAGAUAACGUUAAACCCAGAAAAGGAGGGAUAUUCACUUACAAACAAUGCUAAAGUAUUGAAAUAUUUUAAUUCGUUUUCAAAGUUGGUAGUGGUUGCAUCCUCUGUAUUUGACUAUCCAGAAGUUACCUUUGUGAAUCCUACAAUGGGAGGUUCAAAAGCUACAAACCCACCUACAAAUCAGACAGUGCAGACAAUACCAUUAGUGCCGAUACCUUGGUUGAAGACAGAAAGUCCUGGUAGAGAAAAACAACCGGAGGGAAAUAGUCUGGUUCUUGAUCCUAUGCUUAUUUCUCCUCCACCGGCUGGCCAACUGGAGAAUAGUAAACUUCAUAGAACUCCAGAAAAUGGUAGUACCAACGAAAAAAAUGUACAGACUCCCUCUGUGUCUCCUUCGAGGCGUAGAAGAGAGCCAGAUACCAGAGAAGUACAAUCUGAGUCCAAGCAAGAGUAUGCUGCAAAACGGGCACGCACAGACGAAAAACCGAGUCCUUGUAAACAGGGACCAAGUGAAGUAGAUAAUGAUGAAGAUAGAAUGGAUAUAUCCAAUAGCACUCUUGAGGAUAUUACGCCUAGCAGUUCAAAUGUCACACCGACAAAGUCACAAAAUAAUAAUUCAGAUCCUAUAAGUGAUGAGCAUAAUGAUACUACCGGCAGCGAGACCAUAUUAAACAACAAAGAUCGCGAUUUAGAUAAUGAGAAUAAAAUGGAUAUAAGUAGUGAAAAUAUUAUCGUCAGUGAUGAAGAACCCCUUGUAUAUUAA